UUUCCCUCCCUGCGUGGGAAUGGGCUCUUCCAGGGCCCUCCUCUCCUGGUGAUGGUGGCUACUGGUGGAGGAGGCACUUUCACUUUUCUAUAAAGGCCCGGCGGAGGAGUGACAGCUCAGCCACUCGCGCCCAAGGGGAACCCGAAGCCCCCGGUUUAAAAAAAGAAGAAGCCCGGCCUUUUGUGCCUUACAAGGAGGAGGAGGAAGGAGGGGAGGCGAGAGGAGGAGCUGCUCCUGGGAAGAGGGCUCUCCUUCUCCUUUUUGUCUCCAGAGGAGGGUUCCCGAAAUCAGGAGAGGAGGACAGGACCACCCCCGCCAUGAACGGGACGCUGGACAGCCUGGAAGACUACACACUCAACGAGGAAGCCGGGGCGUUCAUGUUCACCUCGGAGUCGGUGGGAGAAGGGCAUCCAGACAAGAUCUGCGACCAGAUUAGCGAUGCUGUGCUUGAUGCUCAUUUGAAGCAAGAUCCAAAUGCAAAGGUUGCUUGUGAGACAGUGUGCAAAACUGGGAUGGUGCUGCUCUGUGGAGAGAUCACGUCCUCAGCUGUGGUGGAUUACCAGCAGAUCGUCCGAGACACAAUUAUGAACAUAGGUUAUGAUGAUUCAUCAAAAGGCUUUGACUACAAAACUUGCAAUGUUCUCGUGGCUUUGGAGCAACAGUCACCAGAUAUUGCUCAGGGUGUUCAUCUGCACAGAAGUGAAGAAGAAGUUGGUGCUGGGGACCAGGGUCUGAUGUUUGGCUAUGCGACGGAUGAGACAGAAGAAUGCAUGCCUCUGACCAUUAUGCUUGCUCAUAAACUGAAUGCCAAAAUGGCUGAGCUGAGGCGCAAUGGGGUCCUUCCUUGGCUUAGACCCGAUUCCAAAACCCAGAUCACAGUUCAGUAUGUCAAAAAAGAUGGCGUUGCUAUCCCACUGCGUGUUCACACCAUUGUCAUCUCGGCGCAGCACGAUGAAACCAUUUCUCUGGAUGAAAUGCGCAAGGCCCUGAGAGAGCACAUUAUCAAGGCCGUUGUUCCACCCAGAUACUUGGAUGACAAAACAGUUUACCACCUUCAGCCCAGUGGCCGGUUUGUUAUUGGUGGCCCCCAGGGUGAUGCUGGAGUUACUGGUCGGAAGAUCAUUGUGGAUACUUAUGGUGGAUGGGGAGCUCAUGGAGGAGGAGCAUUUUCAGGGAAAGAUUACACAAAGGUUGACCGGUCAGCAGCAUAUGCAGCCCGCUGGGUUGCCAAAUCCUUGGUGAAAGCAGGACUCUGCCGCCGUGUGCUGGUCCAAGUUGCCUAUGCCAUUGGUGUGGCUGAGCCACUUUCCGUCUCGCUAUUCACUUAUGGUACCUCCACAAGAACUGAGCAAGAGCUGCUGAACAUUGUACACCAGAAUUUUGACCUUCGUCCUGGAGCUAUUGUCAAAGAUCUGGAUUUGAAGAAGCCAAUCUAUCAGAAGACUGCCUGUUACGGUCACUUUGGAAGAAGUGAAUUUUCUUGGGAAGUACCCAAGAAACUGGCUUUUUAACUAUCUUGAGCUCAAGCUCAAAAGGAAUGGAUUUCACUACAAAGGGUGCUUCCAUUGACCAUCAUCUAAGUUUAGAAAAUUGGGGAAAAAAAGGAAACUAUCACGAUUUGUAUUCUCAGCAUCACAAUCUACAAAAAAAUGAAAAUGCAGGUGGAUAUUUUUUUCUCCUGUUGCUGCUAAAUUUUUCAGUUCCACUUAGAAAGAUGAUUGAGAACUUGACCCCACAGUCAAACCAUACAACACUGGACUACAAACAAGCUCGUCUCCUUUCUUAUAAUCAAAUGAGAAACCAGAUUUCCACAGAUUCAGGAAACUUGUUCAUUGUUCCUGGACAGUUAUCAAUUCCAUGCACCGUUUUUUGU